AUGGGUGCAGGUUGGUCAGAUUCGAAUAACAUCUACAUUUGGGUCAACAAACCUACUUACGCUCCAGGCGAGCAAGUGAACGGGGAAGUUUUCGUGAACGUGGUGGAGGCGAUACAAGCAGGGCGCCUCGUCUUGUAUCUCGAUGGCGAGGAAGAUGUGAGCUACACAGAUUCGCGGAUGUCCCUGUCGACAUACGUGGCGGAAAAGAAGGUGUACUAUUCAGAGGCGCACGCACUCCUACUCUUGGAAGACGGGAAACUCGCUGCGGGGAAAUAUCGAUUUCCGUUUUGCUUCACGCUUCCCUCCAAGAUCGCCCCAAACUGCAGCGUCGCUGGGUUGGCCGGAGCUCCGCAGGCCCAAUACGCGGGACACGUGACUUACAAACUUCGUUGUCAAAUGGAGGAAAACGUCUCGACUCCCCCGCGGGAGGCUGGGAGCUCGUCCCCGGUGGCACGUGCGGCGCUGGACGCGCCGGGACAGGCCAGCAAUGCGGCUUCCUACGCGGCGGACGACUUCGAGGUCGUUGAGGUGUCUGGGGAGACACCGGAGCAGCUCGCGGAACUCAUGAACGCCGCCCCGCUCAACGGAUUCCUCAGAAACAAACUGUCAAAAUCCGCAGGCGCCACAGCCGUCGGAGGCCUCUCGCAAGAGAUCGAACUGUCGAUUGAGGUUCGGCGGGAGAAGCCGGAAGUGACUGAGCGCGAGUUCGUGGAGUAUUUCCAGCUGUUGAGGUGCAUACCGCUGGGGAGCUUGCGGACGAGCGUCGCCGCCGACAGUCUCGCCUGCUACCCUGGCGAAGGCGUGACGGUGACCGUGGACAUUGCGAACAGGACGAAGAGGAAGAUCCAGGAGAUCGUGGUGUCUCUGGUGCGGGAAGUGAUUUUUUCCGUGGACGGUCGAGACAAAUUCACCAUGCGUGAAGUCGUCGCCUCAGAGAAAAUCCCCGGCCCGCCGAGAGAAAAAGAUUUCAAAGGCUUCGGGCCUCAAAAGAUCAAAAUCGCAGUCCCAACGGGGUCGCAACCUACCAUGACGAGCGCGUUGCUCCGGCUUCAGUACAAAGUGCAAACGUCUUUCCAAUUGGGUCGCAAACCCUUCAGUUUUUCUCUGGAUCUUGAGGUGCUGAAGAAAUCGCCGUCUGUGAAGGAGCAUCUGAUAAAUUUCCGCGCCCCGAAAGGCUGGGACAAAGUUCCCCUCCUGCCGCAAACGGACCUCGCAAUGAUUCAGCUCCCAGGCGCACCGGCUCCGGAUCGGGGCGAGUACACAGGCAUCGGGAUGAUUAUUUGCUGA